AUUUCAACUUCAGCGCUGUUUACGGAAGGAAGAAGAAGAGCCCUCUGGUGGUCGGUGUCACCUUGACGGUUUGGCAAAUCAAAACAUAGGACAUCAGCCUUUUGUUAUGUGAAUUUUACUUCUCGCCAAAUUGCGUUGCCUUUACUUUGUGUUUGAUAGUUUCAUUAUAUAUUUGAUUAAAAACGGUGUUCCCUUUAGAUCUUUGUAUGUCACGACAAUGUAAUUGGUGAUGAACGUCAUUAUCACGGAGCCUUACUGACAGUAGAGCUUACUGUGAUCGCCUACCGUUCACCCUAAGGGAGUAAGGGCGAGAGAGAGAGAACUAAGUUAAGCUCACAUCAUGGAUUCCGAUCCAGAGACCUUGGACAAACAGUUCAGCAGUAGAUUGUUACUUCGUCAUGCUAGUCAAAAUUCAUUGGACGAAAGUUCUCAGAAACACAUUCCGCGAUCUGAGACAAAGCACAAGCUUCCUUACAGAAAUCCACAGCACUUUCCUAAGGCAUUUGACAACCUAAAUCUGAUGCGAAGACAAAGUCAGCUAUGUGAUGUUGUGCUAAUAGCUGACAGCAUUGAAGUUCCUGCACAUAAGAUGGUUUUGGCCUCCUGUAGCCCAUACUUCCAUGCUAUGUUUACUAGUUUUGAAGAAAGUCGCCAAGAUAGAAUAGUGUUACAAGAUAUUGAUGGUAAAUGCAUUACAGCUCCUUAUUGAUUAUGCAAAGACUACCUGAUAGAAGCUAUGAAGUACCACCUUCUGAAAGGAGAACAGAAAGCACAGUUCAAAUCCCCAAGAACCAAACCUCGACAACCUGUUGGUUUACCAAAAGUAUUAUUGGUUGUUGGAGGUCAAGCUCCUAAAGCCAUUCGUAGUGUGGAAUGCUAUGAUUUCAAAGAUGAAAGAUGGUUCCCAGUUGCAGAAAUGCCUACUAGGAGGUGCAGAUGUGGAAUAGCUGUAAUAAAUGGAAAGGUAUAUGCUGUAGGAGGUUUUAAUGGCUCACUAAGAGUAAGAACAGUUGAUGUAUAUGAUCCAGCUCGAGAUUCAUGGACAACUUGUGCAAGCAUGGAGGCUCGUAGAUCGACUCUUGGUGUAGCCACUCUAAAUAACUGUAUAUAUGCAGUGGGUGGUUUUGAUGGUUCCACUGGAUUAAAUAGUGCCGAGAUGUAUGAUUCUAAGUCUUAUGAGUGGCGCAUGAUUGCUCCAAUGUCUACGAGACGAUCAUCAGUUGGUGUUGGUGUUGUUAGUGGACUUCUUUAUGCUGUUGGGGGCUAUGAUGGCGCAUCACGUCAGUGUUUAGCAUCUGUUGAGUGUUACAGUCCAGAGUCAGAUGUUUGGACGUCUGUAGCGGAAAUGUCGGCUCGUAGAAGUGGAGCAGGUGUUGGUGUUCUAGAUGGGUUGCUGUAUGCAGUUGGGGGUCAUGAUGGACCAUUGGUUAGGAAAAGUGUAGAAGUGUUUAACCCCGACAACAAUGGCUGGAGCCCUGUUGCCGACAUGAAUCUUUGUAGGAGAAAUGCAGGUGUGAUUGCUCUGAAUGGACUGUUAUAUGUAGUGGGUGGAGACGAUGGAACAUCAAAUUUGGCCUCUGUGGAAGUUUAUAAUCCCAAGACAGAUACUUGGACACUCCUACCUGCACAAAUGGGUAUUGGGAGGUCUUAUGCAGGUGUAGCAAUUAUUGAUAAACAUGGUUUCUGAGACGAGGCUGAGAGCGCAAGGGAGUAAGUGCAUCAUUUUUUGUUGCAUUACUCCUGGCAGUGGUGUAUCAAUGCGCUCGUUACAUAAUUCUUACAUUGGUGGGUGAUAUUUUUUAAAGAUCCAAAGUGAGUUGAAGUUCAUCUUGAAAAUUGUAUUCAGUGUAUUAUGAGAAAUCAUGUGCCAAAUUUGUGUUUUUUAAAAACAAAAAAUAUAAGUGGGCGACUUACAGUGUGCUUCUUAACAUUGGAUGGUGGUUUGUGACAAAGAUACUUGCUUUGCUGUUUUUAAUUGCAUAUCAUAUAUAAUAAUGUGUACCUAAAACUUAGUGCUAAAGCUUUGGGAAAGGUGGUACACUGUAUACUGUAUUAAGUUUGAUAAAGUUCUCCAGUGAAAUUUACCAUUUAUUUAUGUGGGGAUUUAUCAAAGACUAUGCCUUAUCUCACAUUUUUUAUGAUAUGAAGUGGUGCAACAUAGAAAACAUCAAAAGUUUAAAUUUUUUAUUUAAAUCCUAGAUGUAUUGUUAUCUUUGUAUUUGUGUAAAUAGAAAGUAUUCUUAAAGUUAUCAUUUUGUUUUUCUUCUACUUCUUCAAGGUGUUAUAGAGAAGUAGUAAUAACUUUUCAGGAUCUACUGUUGGUAUGUUUGCUUUCUAUAGAUGUUAUCCCAUGCUUCUCUUACCCUUGCACAGUUUUCCCAUCCUAAAAUAGUUGAACAUUAAAUACUUAUUAUAUCAAAUGUAAGAAUGUACAUGAUUUGAAUAUGAAAAUAUAAAUAUUUUACAAUAUA